UGCACAUAAAAAUGAGGUGGAGAAUUGGACAGAUGGGUCAAAAUAAACUUGUGACAAUUGUGGCCUUUUGGGGUGAAAUAGAAAACAAAACUUGGGUUUCUAUUUCUGGUCUUCCGACAAUGCGUAUUGCUUGCAGCUGUAGAUGGAACUUUCCAAGGUAGCCUUGUCCUAAACAAACAAGUGAAGUUUUUCAACAAAUCUCACGCAAUGACUUUUGUCUCUCAUGAUUCUGCAAUCUGCAUUGCUCUUUAUUUCCUCUAAGUUCUGCAUCUCUCUUUCUGCUAAAUCACUUCCCAUAAAUAAAGAAAAUAAAACCAUCCAUGAAGUUUAUGAAACUUGGUUCUGGCCAUGAUGCUUCUUUCUGCAUCACUGGUGCUGCUAGAACAUUGCUCCCUGAAGUUUCAAGUGAUCUUACAGUGGAAGUGAAUGAAACCAUAUAUUUACUUCACAAGUUUCCACUCUUCUCCAAGUGCUUGAGGCUGCACAAACAAGCAUGUUCAGAUUGGGCAGAAACCUCCGGGCAGGCCAAGCAGCCCCCGACAGUCGAGCUCCCGGAUUUUCCGGGCGGACUCGAGGCGUUUGAGCUAUGCACAAAAUUCUGCUAUGGCUACACCAUAACUCUCAGCGCCUACAACAUUGUUUCCGUCCGAUGCGCUGCAGAGUAUCUGCAAAUGACAGAGGAGAUCGAGAGAGGGAAUUUGAUAAGCAAACUUGACACCUUUUUGAAUUCAUGCAUUUUCCAUGGCUGGAAAGACACAAUUGUGACAUUGCAGAGCACCACCAAGGAGGGAGGGUUGCAAGCAUUGUCAGAGGAACUCGGGAUCACCUCUCGGUGCAUCGACGCCAUAGCCUCAAAAGUCAGGGCGGCGAAUCCUGGAAAGGCGAACCUCUCCCGGAGCUACUCCAUUAGAGGAGGCAGUAAAGGGCCAGAGAGCGGACAAAGGCAAAAUAACAAGACUUGGUGGGGUGAGGAUUUGGCUGAAUUGGACGUAGAUUUGUAUUGGCGGACUAUGGUAGCUAUCGGUGGCGGGGAGAGAGUUAGGGUUCCGGCUAAUGUUAUCGGCGACGCUUUGAGGAUAUACGCGUCUCGUUGGCUUCCAAGUUUAGACGAUUUUAGGUCAGAGGAAACUUCAACAACUAAAUCAACAUACAGGCUUGCAGUUCUGGAGGUAAUUGUGAGACUAUUACCGGAGGAGAAAGGGCCGGCGGCGGUUUCCUGUGGCUUUCUGCUGCAAUUGCUGAAAGCCGCACAUUUUCUCGGAGCAUCGAGCUCGUUCAAAGUUGAGAUGACGAGAAUGGCUGCCGCCCGGUUGGAGGAUGCCUGCGUCGGCGAUUUACUGGUUCUGGCAUCAUCAAUGGACGACGAGACGAUGUAUGACAUCGAUAUCGUGAUGAACGUACUGGAAGAGUUCAUGUGCUCGGAGGGGAAGAGUUCUCCAGUGGCGAGAACGAGGGAAACAGGCGGGGACGAGUCCUCCGAGAGAAGUGGAACCCCGUCUCUGGACAUUGUUAACCUGGAUGAUUUCCAAGACAUGAGUGUGUCUUCUUCUUCUUCAUCGCCGGCUUCACACAGCUCGAAGCUGAUGAAGGUGGCCAAGCUGUUUGAUGUUUAUCUGCAGGAGAUCUCCAGGGUGGACCCUAAUUUGCCUCUUUCCAAGUUCACUACCAUUGCUGAAUCCAUCCCGUAUUUUGCUCGAGCAGACCAUGACGAUCUCUACAAGGCCAUUGACAUCUAUCUCAAGAGUCACCCGGAACUGAACAAGAGCGAAAGGAAACGAAUAUGCAGUACCCUGGACUGCAGGAAACUGUCAAUGGAAGGCUGCAUCCACGCAGCCCAGAACGAGUUACUCCCAUUAAGGGUUGUGGUCCAGGUCCUCUUCUUCGAGCACGCUCGGGCCGCCGCCAUGUCCAACGGCCACCUACUGGAGCUGCCCAGCAACCUUAAAGAAACAUGCAUGAUAUCCAAUGAUGCUGAUGAUCACAUUUCAGCCAAAAAGAAACUGAGCUCCCCUCCUGAUGAUGAUCAUGAUCAUGGCCUGUGGAGUAGGGCUGCAUCCGGGCUUGAUCAUAGUAAAGUGACCCUCAAAAUGAAACUGGCCGAAGACGACGACGACGAAAUCGAGGAUCAAAUCUUUGCCACUGUUUUAAAGAAAUCGUCUUCCAGAUGUUUUAAAAUUUUCUCACAGAGGUGAUCGAUAAUGGGGGUCGGACCACUUUGAGCCCUCCGAUCAAAAAUAAAAAAUUAUCGGUAGAAGAUUAAGGGGUCCAUUUUUUCACGGUUUUAGUUUUAAUCGCUUCCGAUACCUCGAGAGUCGAGACUGGAAGGCAGAGGAUCUGAAUCCAUGCAGGUUAGAAAAUGAGGUCGGGCAUCGACUAAAUACCCUCAUCAUAUAGAGUAGGUAAAUCAAUAGGGGCAAGUUUACAUUUUUUCCUUUGAUCUAUAAUCUAACCGAUAUGACAAUCCGUGUCUUCGAAGGAAUUUUGUUUUUUGUUUUCUCAAAUAUUA